CGGCGGUGGCAGAGCGCUGAGGAGGCUCUGAGCCUGCGGAGUGGUCCUUAGUGCGACAGCGGAGAGAGCAGAGGCGUGCCGGGUGCGCGUGCGCGGGGACGAGGUCGUGAGCCGCCUUUUUGCGUUGCAGCCGAGGAGCCGCCGCCAUGGUGAAGAGCGUGGGCAGCCUGUCUGAAUUUGAGGCAGAACUGAAGUCUGCUGGUGAGAAGCUUGUAGUAGUUGAUUUCUCUGCCACAUGGUGCGGACCAUGCAAAAUGAUCAAGCCAUUUUUCCAUAGUUUGUGUGACAAGUUUGGUGAUGUGGUGUUCAUUGAAAUUGAUGUGGAUGAUGCCCAGGAUGUUGCUGCACACUGUGAUGUGAAGUGCAUGCCAACAUUCCAGUUCUACAAGAAUGGAAAGAAGGUGCAGGAGUUCUCUGGGGCCAAUAAAGAGAAGCUGGAAGAGACCAUCAAAAGUCUAAUCUAAUCUGCAGCCACGGAGACAUCGGAGCAUGUCUGGGGAUCGGCUAAAUCAUAGCCCAUAACUUUUCUACUUUAAAAAAAAAAUUCAACCAUUUAACCUAUCUAGCCUGGUGGAAACUAUCCUCUGAUCAAUGUAAAUGAGUACAAUAAAACGUAAAUUCUUCACUUCUGGUUACUGCCUGAUGGUUUGAAUGAAAACGCAAGCAAGUUGCUAAUGUCUCUGAUGUGAUCUAUUUUACUGUGUUAAAAGAAUGCUGUCUGGAAGCAAGGGCUCUUGUCAAAUGCAAAAAUUUAAUACCAGGUUGUUGCUGAGAAUGGAAAGUUAAGUGUUGGAAAGGACAACGAUAAUAAUUGCUGUAGAAGUCUGGCACCUUACUUGCCUGGCAGCCAACCACGAGCCUAUUAUUUGAAGAGCAGCACUAUGGCUUGCAGUUGAGCUGCAGGAGGGUGAGCUUGAAGCUGUAGAAGAUGGGGAUUGCUGGUAGGGAUGGGUUCUUAAAAUCCAAGCUUUGUAUUAGACUUAGAAAUUAAGACUACUGGUGUAGUAAAACAUCUGAACAUGAUGUGAAUUGUGCCACAAAAUUAUAGAAAGGGAGGAGUUGGAAGUGCUGCCUCCUUCCCUUUCAGUUUUGCUUUGCCAUUCCUGUACAGUCUCGUUCUGUUGGUAGCAAUAUGUAGUCUCUGGGUUGGGCUGCUUCGUUCCACAGGCAGUAAUCUAAAGAGGCAAAACAGUGUCUUGAGCCUGAGAUGAAUUUGCUUGUUCUUGUUGUCUUUGCUUAACUUCACUAUUAUAUUAUUGGACCAUACUGGAUACAUUUUUGUCUACUGAACUGGACUCUGAAGUCCUCCAGCUCUGUAACAGGUUAUCUAAAUAAACAUUUAUCUGCCACUUUC